CUUAAACCAGUGCUGUAGUGUAGUUUAGGUACAAUGAGGAUACAAAUUUUGGUUGUUGUGAUAUGCCUUCUUGGCACGAUCGAUGCAAGAUCAAAGAAAAAAUCUUCAAAAGACCAAUUGGAAACAAAAUCGAAGCACAAGAAAGUUCCAUCAGCAAUUGUUGCCAUAGAAAUCGUCGAUCCCAACGAAAACAAAACAUCGUCGAGAAACAAAAAGAGAACCAUCGAAUCGUCGCUAGGUUACGGAUACCAACAACCCAAAUUCGAAGUGUACAAGUAUUCUCAGCACGACAUCCCGGCAUGGAAGGGGUCCAACAAUUUAUUCAGCGGCAGUUAUACCGUGCAGAAAAGCAUUUCUUACACUUUGCCGACUCAAAAGUAUACCGAAGUAAAUAAUGCACCCUCUAAGAUGUACCUACCAGGUACCAGACUGUACUCCACUUUGGAUCAAAACGGACACAUUGGCCAAUUAAGUCAGAAUGUUCCUGUAGACACGCAAGGUGGACACAACCCUCAGGUUCCAGUUAUUAUACUAAGGGUGCUCCCCAAUCAAUUAAACGACCCACAUGGAAGCCUUCAUGCUAACCUACCAACAUCCCAUCCAUUCGCAGCUAAUAUCAACUCGCUUGAUAUUCAGUCGUUGUUGAGCAAUUAUCUGCAACAGGGUCAACAAGCAUAUCAACAACAACAAUAUGAACAACCGCAGCAGCAAGUGUACCAGCAAGAACAACCACAAGCCGAACCAGGUUACCAAUACGAAUCACCAAAAUCCCAAUUGCUAACCCACGAAAACUACCCCAGUAGCGCGCAUACAAGAGUAAUAUUCAAGAAUCAACACGGAGGCAUCAGAGAAUCCCAAAAGGACGACACCCUCACCAAAACAAUCAACGUACACGUACCGCCAGGCAUUCAGGAAGUCAAGGUGGAAUCCUCCGAAGUCCCAUACACUCCACAAGCCCAGUACGAACAACCACAACCGCAAUACGAGCAACCACAAGCCCAAUACGAGCAACCACAAGCCCAAUACGACCAGCAACAAUACUACUACUACCAACAAGGCGCACAGGCUGCCCAACAGCAGUACGAACAACCCCAGGCACUCUACCAACAACCCCAACAACAGUACCAGGAUGCCCAGCAUUACUCCGGCCAGCCCAUCGUGGUGCCAGAUCAACAGCAAUAUCAGGAAGUUGCUCAACCUCUAGAAGCCUAUGGGCAACCUGUCCAACAGUACGAAAGCCAACCUCAGCACCAAGUGCAACCGCAACAAACCUACGGUCAACCUGCCCAACAGUACGAAGCCCAGCAGUUUUACUACCAAAAAUACCAACAAGGCGGUUACGAACAAACCGAAGCACCUGUGACAUACGUAACGCCCAGAAACCUCCACAAAAGGCGUUUGAGGAGUAGGAAACGUGUGGUGGUGAAGAAAAAUUAUGAAUCCGACAAAAUUUUGCAGUAAUUAGUUGUUUAAGAUAUUAUUAUUAUUUUUGAUACAAAGAUUUUGUGCAAUAUUUCUAAUGCAGUAUUUAAGAUUAAAGACCCUGUAUAUUUAUUUAUUAAUGCCGAGUUUGUAAUGCCUGUAUAUAUUUUAAUACUUGUUAUAUGUUGUUGAUGCCUGGUUUAUA